AUGACCUCGGAAACUCCUCGAAAAGAGACAAUGUCGCAUCUUCCGUUCAACUCGCAAGCCUUGGAGAAUAGCAUACCGGAAAAUGUGCGACUACUCCCCGCCUCGGUAUGGACAUCAGAUCAGACACUAGUCAACCCCUCGAAAGACAUCCAAAAAUUCCUGAAAAAAGACCUAGGUGUCGAGAAACUCAACCACAUUGAUCAAUAUCUAUGGCUAGCCGGCGCACCAACGCCACCAAAGCCCCUGAAUUACCAAAUUGCAACUUCACGCCUCAUUGCCGUGGACGAGAGGAUCGACAUGCACAUGGUGUGGGAAGAACCCCGACAACUCCACCUCAAGCCAAUUCCCCGAUAUCUACUCGACCCCCAAUUCUGGGAAACCCAUUUGAUCUGCAAAAAGUCUUGCUGCGCGUCACGCAAGGACACAAUUCCAACAUCCGGAGGUUGCCCCAAAGAAAUCAAGAAAUGUGCCCUCGGCUUCCUAUGCUCGUACAUGGCACUGAUCCAGUUCGAGAGCGACUAUGCAAUCGCACUGCAAUACAGGCUUCUUCCGGAUACUAUCACCUGGGAAAUGUGGCUUAAUCUAGUUCACCAGUUGCUGGAGAAUGAUGUCUGCAAUCCCGCAAAUAUUAACUCGCGUUACCUGUCCGGAAAGCUGAGGCUGUCGCGACUUAAUACCAUUUAUGCGAUCCAUGGAAGUCUUUUGAGUGGCUAUCAAUAUACGUACCAGAAUUACACUGAGUUAUUCCAUGAUUACCUUGCACCAUUGACAGUAGCGACUGUUUAUGUUGCGUUGGUGUUGACAGCGAUGCAGGUUGGAUUGGCUACUACCGUUUUGGGUGGUAGUGUUUCAUUUCAGAAUGUUUCGUAUGGAUUUACUCUGUUUGCAAUUUUUGGACCACUUGGAGGGAUUGUACUGGUGGGUGCUAUGGGGGGUUUUGCUUUUACCAAGAAUAUAGUGAACACAUGGAGAGUCAAGCGUCAGAAGUUGGCCUCGUAUGAACAGAGAGUGAUACAAAAUCAAAUUCCCUGA